AUGGAGAAUUAUCUCUUCCCUCAGGAAUUCCUUACUGAUGGUUGGCUGAGCCCCAGUCCCACUCUCUGGGCCAUUAAUGCCAUCUUUGCCUUUGUGUGUGGACUGGGGCUCUUCGUCUUUUUACUUUCCUACUUCCAGCCUGAUCCGUCCUCACCACGAGGCAAGAAACACAGGAAGAGUGGGAAGUACCAAGUGGAGCCAUGGAGAAGGAGCAACAGAAGCAAAAAAAAUCAGACCGUGAAAGGUUUCAGAGAAUUUAUGAAGAGUCUGGAAGAGGUUCAGGACCUGUUCUCCCUUCUGGAAAGGUAAAGAAUCUGCUCCCUUCUCCCCUGGGUGGGCCUUCCUGAGUCUAUGGUGUGACCCCUGGGCUGCAGGGAACAGCCUCUGGGGCUGUUUGUGGGGGCUGGGAGGAGCCAUGGGGACAGACUGUGACCAAAGACCCAGGGUGAGGGACAGCAGGAGCAUUGUGAUGUGGGUGUGGGGCGUGGACGGCCGUGGGGACUGCUCCCGGACUCAACUGCUACAGCGGCAGCUCAUGCCUCCU